UAAUUAGCUUGAAUUGAUUUCUAAGCAUAAAGGAACUCGAAACACUUUCAAGACCAAAAACAAUAGAGAUGCAAACCCAUUUACAACCAAAACUUGAGCAGAAUGUGUGCCGUUGUGUGCCUAAUUUCCCUCCUACUUUGUGGGGAUAUGAUAGCUUUGCUUCCUUCUCCUUUUCAGAUUCGGAAUAUGAAUCAUAUACUAAAAAGGUAGAGUCGCUUAAGGAAAAUGUAAGAGACAUGUUAAUGGCUUCAACAGAGAAUUUAAUCCAAAAUAUUGAACUUAUCGAUACAUUAUGUCGUCUUAGUGUAUCAUAUCAUUUUGAGAUGGAGAUCGAAGAGCAAUUAAAUCAUAUUUUUUAUGCGGUUUCCAAAUUUCUUAAUGAUAAUGAUAGUGAUCUCUAUAGUACAGGACUUCUCUUUCGAGUUUUAAGGCAACAUGGAUAUAAGAUAUCUUGCAAUGUGUUCAACAAAUUCAAGGACAAGGAUGGAAAUUUCCAGAAAGCUAUCAGUAAUGAUGUGAAGGGGAUUCUCAGCUUAUAUGAAGCAAGUUUUGUAAAAUUUCCAGAAGCUUAUCCACGUGGCAACAUUAGUUGCAAUUGCAUCAAACUCCCAGAUUACAUGAAAGAUACUCUACAGCACCUUUUUGGAUCUUUUGAGGCAAACUUGGAUCUUUUUGAGGAAACAAGUAAUAUUGUGUGCAAAGAAGGAAGGUCCUAUUGUGCCUAUUAUACGAAGGAGGCAUUUAAAGAAUUAUUGAGAGCCUACCGGAUGGAGGCGAAAUGGUCUAAUGAUGGAUAUGUGCCAACAUUUGGGGAGUAUUUGCACAAUGGUGCAACCUCAAGCAGCUAUGGAGUAGUUCCAGCAGUAUGUUUUGUUGGGAUGGGAAAAUUUGCAGGCAUCAAGGAAUAUGAGUGGCUAAAAGCUAACCCAAAAAUUGCUAAUGCUGUCAAGAUAAUUGGUCGUUUGUUGAACGAUAUAGUAUCCCAUGAGGAUGAGCAAAAGAGGGGAGAUUGUGCUUCAAGUGUAGAGUGUUACAAAAACGAAUAUGGUGUUACAGAAGAUAUUGCAGUUGAAGAGAUAUUGAAAAUUUGUGGAAAUGCAUGGAAAGACAUUAAUGAGGAAUGCAUGAGACCAAAUUCUACUCCAAGGCCUAUCCUUGAAUGUCUCGUCAACAUUGCUCGCAUUACAGAGGUUGCUUAUACGUUUGAUGAUGGAUAUACUAACCCAUCAAGUCUAAAAGACAAAGUUAUUUCACUCUUUCUUGAGCCACUUGCCCUGUCAAAAUGA